CGGAACGGCGCGCCGCCACUGCUGCAGAGCGGCCGUAACGUAGAGAAAGUCAGUUCGACGUUGGCGCCGCAACAGACGUACGGUGGUAGGACGCGCCUCCCUGUAAAAAGCCACCCCACCUGCCCUCACCCACCGAAUUGGGGUACCACCCGCGAACGCUCUCUGACGAUUAAUCGCGCGGGGGGUAUAUGUACGAGAGCGCGGGGGGCGAAAAACAAAGGAAAAGUAAGCGCAAAUGUGCCGCGUCGAUCACUCGCGAAGGUAACAUUGUUAAGGAAUAUCCUGAAAGAAGAAGAAGAAGAAAAGGAAAAUUGUUCGUGUCCCAGAUCCGCACCCGGUGGGGGAUCGAGAUCGAUCCUCGGUGUUAGUCGAGGGUGUGGACCACGUAUUCGUGGGGGUUACCAGUGAUCGAGGAGCGCGGGUCGCGGUGCACGCAGUGCCUUUUUCCUUUCGUUCUCCGUUUUUCGCGCGGGUCACCGUCUUUCGGGUCCCGCCCCUUCCGGUUGGCACCCUCAGUUCGACCUCCGGUCCCGCGUGGACGCUGCAAAGCGACUGAGUGACUCUCCGUCUCCGCCGUGCGUGCUUAUCCCUCGACCCAUUCUCGCUGAGAUUCCGGCCACAGCAUGCUUUCGUCCUCGAGGGCUUUCCCGCCGAUUCUCGCCGUGGCGCUCGUCGUCUGUAUCGGUGUCGCGCACGGUAUUAGAUGUUACAAAUGUGGACAGUACAACGAGGGAGUUGGCAGCAUUACACCGUGCAUUAAUUACACCGCACACAUGCUGAUAGAGUGCCCACCUUCAAACGAAUGGUGCAUCAAAUACGUCAGCGAAGGAUCGACGGUGCGAGACUGCGUGCCCCACUGCACGGAGAAAGAGCACUGGAGCACGAAAACGUAUUGCUGUCAGCAGGAUGGCUGCAAUUCCGGCCUGUCGUUGACAGCGUCGAGCAGCACGUACUUCGUCCUAGCGAUCUCGCUGGCGGUCCUCAUGGUGUGCCGAAGCCUUCGUGGCUAAUACGUGUCGUCCUGCAAGACGACGAGCCCGCGCCGCGGGCGUCACACGGAACUGCAUCCUUCACAAAACUUCAAUCACAAAAACUUGCACUGGGUGGAAGGUGGGAGGGGAACGUUGCACCUUGCAUUUCAGACGUUCGCACCGAACGCUCGGGGCUUUCUACGUGCGGAUAUCGCCGCAGAGACGUCAAUAGUCGUCCUUUGGUCCUUCAAUCCUUUUGUCAGAAAGCUGAAUGAAACCUCAUGUUAACGUUUGUAAUCGAACAUAUCCUCCUUUUCGUGACGAUCAACGUGCUUUCUGCUUUUUUUAUAUCGGUUUCUCCGGACGCGCUUAACCGAAAUGAAGUUGAAACUCGCGAUAAUCAGCGAACGUUGCAUGCCAGGGAAUAAUGCUCCUUGAAAAAAUUCCAUUCACUUUAUCAACUGCACGACAGGUCACUGUGUGGAAAUUAGCACUGAUGUACGUUAUUUCUGUUGCUUCAUCAACCGAUAGAUUCAUCGAUUUAUCAGUAAACGUGCUGAGGAAAUAUUUCUUAAAAUGAUCUCGUAAAGUACAAUAUAUUUCAAACGAUCAAUCUUUAAGAUUCUCCUAACACAUCUUUCAGAUGCGUCAUUUCUUUUUUUUUUUUAGGUUUUCUUUCUUUUGUCGGAAUACCGAAAGAUAAAUCCAACAUCGAAGGGUAUAACUAUUCCGUUUACAAAGAUUCUAGUUUGCGGGUAAAUCUUACGGACGAUGCUUAAAAAAUUGUAAAAAGUUUACGUGUGAUGCACACAUUAGAAAUGUUUGUAUCUCACAGUUACUCGUGAGCAUUUACUUUGAUUAAAUGUCGCGUCUAACACCGCUACCGUCGCCUUCCACUUGCCGUGACGUAUCCACGUUGUGCAAUCACGGCCGACUCAAUUCAGCGAAGGCUGAAUGCACUUGCUAAACUCGGCCGAGUUAAGUGACGCGGAGAAAUCGGCUCGUUAAAUCCGAUGCGUUAUCGCGCCAACUUCCCCCUUCGCUCGCUCUAUUAAAUUCGCACGCUUCCGCAUACUUUCACGGAUCGACUGCCCUCGAUCUGCUAAGUUCUCUCGAUCGGAUUUGAUUGAAACUUCGUUUGGCAAGUCCCGCUUCGAAUUGAGAUCUCUACUACGGCAGAUGAGGCGACAUUUCACUCAAAAUCAUUAUCAGUGACAAGCUCGUUGUGAAUUUUCUUUGAUUGUCCAAAUGGCAACAAGAGGAUCGUGUGCGGAAUUUUUCAAACUAUAUCUGGCCCAAUGCCCGGAAGGUUCCGUAGAUAUGUGCUUCGCACGCGACAAUGAAGUAAUCGGGACGGUAGAGAUAUUUAACACUCGUGCAACACGCGAUUUGAGGACGACAAAGAGCCGAGAAAAUAGUCGCCAUCAUCAUCAUCGUGCCGCGCUUAUCCGCUUUCACGGUAGCUUUCGUGCGAUACGACUUUGCAGACGCACGUUUGCGCGAGACUUUCCUCGCGGAACGCGUGAUCAGCUUUUUCUCCGCUUUACCAGACUUUAAUUUUUUUUUUUGUUUUGCCGCAGUGUAAUUUUUCCGCAGCUACCACGAACUAAUCGGUUUAUAAUUCACAAAAUCGUGUUUGAAAAAGGGACUCUCAAACGAGAGAAUGAUAUCACGUUGGAUUUAUCUUUGAAACUCUCGUCACCUUAAUUUGAAAGAAAUAUAUUAAGAACGUUAAAAAUGCGCAAUUUUAAAAAUGUUUUCUUCAUAAAAAAAAUAGCAUACGCGCGGACGAAAUCUACCUUCUGAAAGAGAAAAAAAUCCGAACAAAAAAAAGGCGUAUUACAAGGUAUCCUUGUGUAUCGUUCUCGGCAUCAUGAUUUUUUUCUCCUUUGAGCUUUCGCCGGUCAGCUUUUUGUCGAGGGACGGCAUUCUGUCGGCCUUCGACGGCGGAUUGAAUUUAUUCAAAAAGUUUCGGCGCCCCAUUUUUCGUUGGGCGUUUUAUCGACGCUUCUUCCGUCGCUUCUUCCGUCCAUCCACCGUUGCUCCGGCCUCGUACAUGCGAGUUUAAUAACGUCGGGACGACUGGUGGAUUGGCGGGCCGAAAAAGCGACGAUCGAAGAGUGCAAGAGCCGAUAUAUCAAUAUUUCGUACAAACGUCGCGCGAUGUGUUGGAGCUUUAUAAAUAUUUCGGUGUGUCUCAUGCGCCUUUUUAUUACAUCACACUUUUCUAAGUCGCGUCGCACGGAGAAUGCCCGUCUUGCAAUUGUUAUUAACCCGUUAAAGCGUUAAAGUUAACUCUCUGAGACUUCGCAAACUUGAAAUUGUCGAUUAAAUAACGAUCAGCUCGGAAAAAGAUUUGAAAAAUUUUAAAUAUGCCGGUGAAACGAUUCCAAAUAGAUAAAAAAAUAAUCCGAUAAAAGAGGGAAGAGAUCAAUCAUAUUUAUAUUAAAGAGUUUCUAACAAGCUAAGUUCAUAAUUCGCCUCAUAGUACAUUUUUUAAAAAUUUCUUGAAUGUUUGAAGAAUAAAGCUAAAAGUGGCGUUACGAAAAGAGCCGAGACAACUAAUGUUGCCAGUGCGCGCUUUAAUGAGUUAUUGAUGCACGAAGGUGUCAGCAUGCCAAUAUCGUUCAGGAACAUUGCUUUUUCAUGGGAAUUCUUUUAAAAUAGUGAAAUCCUCAUGAUCCUUUUUGUUGCUGCGGCGGUGUUAUCGAUUGUAUUGCGAUCGUAUCAAUAUGAAGCCCCGCGUCGUCCAUUAUGAAGAAAAAUUCGCUACGGUAAUAGAAACAGUUUGACCUUUCGCGAUCGCAUUUUUUUGCCUUUUAUUCCCCGCAAAGCCGAUUAUCGUUUGAAUGAUGAAUUUUAUUACAUCAGAAAAAAAAGAGAACACGCACAAUAAGAAAUUCAAGCUCGUCUGCAUCGUUCGUGCGAACACAUUUUGCAAAUCUCAUGCACAUAAAAGAUAUUUCUCGGAAGUACAAGGAAGAGACGCCAGUCUCUCGAGAGACGUAAAAAAAAAAAUAAAAUAAGUUAUUGCUACAAAUAAAUCAGAUACCAAAUGUGUUAUCUACAGAGAAAACGCAUUAAGCUCUUUCAUUCAAUAAAACGAGCAUAUGUCAGAAGUUAAUUCUUUUUCCUUGUACAGCAUUGAACGUUUGUAAUAUAUUUUGAAAGAAUUAGAGAAAUAACUUUUUUGCAUAUUUAACGAACAUCAAACGCUUCUUUCCACAAGAAACAGUUCACAAGUAAAUUUCGUCCAUUGUCUUUACGACAAAAUCAAUAUAGUGGAGAGAGAAAGAGAGAGAGAGAGAGAGAGAGAGAGAGAGAGAGAGAGAGAGAGAGAAGAGAGUCACAUGCGCAACUGAGUCAUCUCAAUCCAAAUUUCAACUUGAUCGAGUCAAUUCACGCAAGGGAAUACAACGUCCUGACAUAUCCUGUUUCUUUAAGACGACUUGGGACGGACGUUUAGCAUCUUACCGAUUUGCGCCGGGAGAGAGCACCGACAAGUUCGAGCGCGAGGAAACGACGCGACGUGGCGACGUUCUCCGCGCGAAAAUCGGUAUCGAUACAUUGGACCAUAAUCGUUGUCAACGACAUCGACGUUACCGUAAAGACCGAGCACUUAGGAGAGCUGAUGUAGCAACGGAGCCAGCGGCAGCGAACAACGCGAACAAAAAUGUUGCUUCUGUCGCUCGGCAGACACUUCCUAGCCGUAAGACACACAAAAAGAGGGAAAGGAAAUAAAAGAAGAGAAGAGGAUCGAACAAACAAAUAAUGUGGAUAACCUACAUACAGAUAACGUUUAACAGAGGAACAGUGAGGAUAACAAUAAUGAUGUUACUACUAUUACUACUAUUAUUAUUACUACUAUUGCUACUAAUUACCAUUACUAUUAUGAACUACUGUGCAUCUCACCGAGUAUACAUAUAGUAGUUACGAUCGAUUAGGCGAACGCGAGCAAGCGGAGUUGUCGAUUAUUAUGUAACCGCUUUAAGUAGCCUUAUAAAAUUGUAAUUAAAGCGCGGAUAAUCUACGUCUACACCGGGUGGCGCGAAGGGACGCGACCCUGUCCUCGUCUUAUCCCAAUUUUUAUAUUGGCCAAAGUUAUUUAAUUAAUCGAAUAUCAAAGAAUCACUUGUAAUUUUUAACCGAACACCUGGAUUGUCCCGUUUCUCUUGAUUCACACCCUCCCAUCGAAAUUGAUGAUAUUCAAAAUGUCAUUUACGAGGAUCAGUUCUUCUGUUUCGGAAACGAAGAAACCUCGUUCCUGUUCCUCUCGCGUCACUCGGUACAUACAUCAACGUAAUGGAUCACGAGCAGAUAGACAAGAAACUAAAAAAAAAAAAAAAUUCCUAAAAAGUAGCGAGAUUCGUAUUAGCGGGUAAGCAGCGAGGGCGAUCACGAGUAGUGCAUAAUCUGUUGUCUGUUCGCAAGAGGAAGGAUUUAACGAUCGCACCCUGGCAACGCGAACAUCCGAAAGACGUGAAAUUUAAAAAUUAAUAGGCAGACGGAGACGGCCGAAAAAUAUCCAAAAUAAUAGAGUCCUCAAGGCGAAUAGCGGAGUAACGCGAGUAGUCAUUGUUCGUCGCGCGCAAACGAAUAUUAAAUAUUUUUAUUCGCGUAUAUAUAACGAAUAAUGAAUAAUCCAAUUCGCUAUUCGAAUAACGAAGGAGGACUGCGUCUCUCGGGUCUCAUCUCUGCGUCUUCUGGACGUUCGCGUUGCGGGAACGAACUAUCUGUUCUCGCAAUUUAGAGGCAGACGAUUUAUCUAAAGUUAGAUCAACAAGAGUCUCUAGGAUAACCGUUAAAGCUAAUCUAUUUCCCGUCUCGAACGUUGGCCGAUCUAAACGUCGAUUGUUAUUGUUGGAGGUGUGCAUUGAGGUAGCCGUCGGCGGCUGCGGUGCGAGAUUAAUCGUUGACAGAGCGCCGGCCCGCAUCGACUUAGUAUAAUUAGCGUAGGAUCGAUAAUCGCCCUUCUCGACGACGAUUAAUACUCCGAUCGCGGAAUCGCGCGAACCUCGCGCGAUUAGGCGCCUCGGCGAGGAGGAUUACGUCAGGUACGCGUCGCUGGAUUACAUCAAGAGACUUUAAGUCGUUCAAAUUCAACUCAUUAGCCGCGCUGAUCGAGAAUCUAUUUAACGCCGAUACGUCUUGCUUAAGCCUCGUCUAUAUUUUUAUAAACUAAUGUAGCACCAGAUCGAUCACUAUCACACCCGCGGACCGCCUCUCAACUAUUAUUCUUAAAACUACGAAUUGAAUUUUCACCACGGCUUCAUUCAACAAAAUAUUUUGCGAUACGAGCGCUACAUUAUUCCAUUGCAGCUGCAGCCAGCAAAUUUAAACUGUAUACAGAAUAUCUGUACACGUGGAAUUUUUUUUAAUUAAUGUUUAUAAUUGAUCGAAAUUUCGAGGCGAGAGCCCGUUUCAGGUGAAAGAUAUUUUGACAAGUGCCAGAAAUUACGGGGUUAUCUGAAAUUGGCUGGUAAUUGCCAGAGCAUCUUCCUCUUUUUUUUCUUUUUCUUCAGAAAAAGAAGCUCUCGUAUUUCGAAUCUCGUUUCGAAUCUCAUGUUGCUCUAAAACUCCGUAGGGAUAGAGAAACGUAUCACACCGAGAAAAAAGAGCUAUGCACACACACACACACAUACAUACACACACAGUUCACAGACGCGCACUGACAGGAUACACGUAACCUCUCGGACCGUUCACACCGUAACGAUUCAUAGGUGAUUUCUUAGCGUUUAAGGUUUUACUAUAUCGCGAAGGGAAUGCUGGAUAAUAACUCUUCAAUCGUUGCGAGUUCUAUCAGCUUCUGCCGGCAGCAAGAUGGUGAGAAAAUAUCGCUGUCAGAUCACUCGGCCCUCUCAACUCGCGAUCUCUCCAUUUAAAGAUAAAUACACAUUUUGCAGUUAAUUGCGUUUACGUAUUGCCGAACAUCUACGCUAGUUUAAUCGAGUUGAUAAAAAGGUUUCUGCUGCAAUCAUUACUUAUAUAAUUCAGUACAAAUGGAACGGUAUAUCUGCAUCAAUUUUGAUCGUGACGGUAUCGAAAGGAGAACAACCACAAAAUGGACACACGAAAGCGCAUCGCCAUAAAUAUAAAAUUGUAAUUAACGAUAAUUGUUAAGCCGAGUGAUUUGCGCGAUAAUUAUUAUAGAGUUAUAUAGACGCAUAUAUAUAUACAUAUAUGUAUACAUACAUACGUAUGUUAUAUAUAUGUAUAUUAUAUGGUAUAUUAUAUAAAAACUACGUCACACAUAUUGCAUUACAUUAUAUAUAUAUAUAUUAUAUUACAUUAUAUUAUUUAGUUACGUAAGCAAAAUCAUAUGUAUGACGAGUUGUACAUUUAUAUUAGACACACACAGCAAUAAUAAAAACUAUACUCCGAA